CUUAUGACUCGUAUUGCUGGCGAUAUCGAGGAGUGCGCCAACGCCUGUAACGCUUACUCGAACAGCCGUGUUCUGUUGAAGGCCUUCAAAGGCUACAAAUGGGAGGAGAAAUUCAAGGAGCACAUCAAGACCUUUGCCAGUCGAAAGACAGAGAUCAUCCAGGCCUUGUCCAUGCACUCAGCCAUCGGUAUUGAUCAUGCCAAUGAUAAACUUGAUCGCCUAAUGGAAAGCUCUAUGAUCGGCCAGGCGGGUGGACCAGACGCUGCGCUUCGAGAUCCUGCCACCCUUCGAAGUCUCCUCGAUAGCGAGCGUUCUCUCGAGUACAAAGACGGCUAUAUACCACCACGUCCUCACAUUUCUCAUACGUUCACUGGUUCAUCUAGUGAGAUGUCUGUGUUGCGACAGGAGGUGACUCGAGCUCCGUCUGUCGAGAUCACUGCAAAUAGGAAGAUAUUCCAAAGAAGGUUCGAUAUACGGAUAAAGGGGUUGAGGGACGAGAUGGCGAGGCUUUCAGCCCAUCAAGGAGAAUGGAUUGUUGGCACGGUUCUUCAGGGACCGCAUGAGAGGAUCAUGAACCCAGACUUGCGCGAUAUUUGGAAGGAUAUGCGUUGGCGUGCCAUCGUCAAGCCACGACAUCUCGUCCUCGCAAUACAUGACUUCUAUCUGCAGAAGCUGGAUGACCAGCAGCGUGCGCGAGACGUCAAAGUCGAGGGAACUGGGAAACAGUGCCAGGAAAUCAGCGAGGCGGAUGCGUGGACGCUUCAAUGUAUCGACCUCAUGCACUUCCAGCCAAUCAUUGAGGCCUUAGACGAGGACGCAUCUGGUUACGUCACUAUCCAAGAGGUCAACCGGUUCACGGCUUCUCGUCCGAAAGGGUGGAGUCUCCUAUAUUGGCUCGCAUAUUGGGCCGUUGGCUGGCAGGUAUGUAUGACAGAAUAUCGGCGCAGGAUAAUCACCCUAUGGCACGCUAUGUCUCAACUUGAGAACAUCCGUCAACUUAACAAUGCGAACAUCAACGAGUACUUGGAUGUCAUCCGCCAGACUGUAGGGCAGAUGAUUGCAGGGUUCAAACCGCUCUCUGAACGACUUGCUGUCUUGCCCCGUUUCCGAACAUACAUGGACCAAGAGGAGGAGCGACUGCGAGACAGCUUGAAGACUGUAGACUAUCAAAUAGAUGCUUUGGAGACAGUCACCGACAUCAACAGACAGAAAGGAAUAGAAAGGAACCUUUUCCCCUUGCUAUACUUGCUGAUGCGUCGUCAUUAUGACAUCAUGAAACUGGCGCAAGUGCACGUCCUUCACAAUGAUGAACUAGCGGAUGCUGGAGAG